ACUUUAAUGAGUGAAAAACUGCACCAAUUUUGACCUUAAUAUAAAAUAAAUUACAAUCAAUAUAUAAAUAAGAGUACCUGAAUAUGUAACCAUAUAAAUUGAGUAUAUACUCAAAGUCCAGGUCACUGUUUAAUUAUAAUUAUGUAUGUGUAUAUCAAACAAUUAUCUGAUAAGACCUUGGUGACGUUCACAAUCAACGCAAAUUUGGUUUAGCAACAAGGCGACAGCUCAGGCAAAUCUCUUAUUUUUAGUGUUCAGUUGUGAUUAACAAUAUUUGUGAAGCAGGGAGUGUUAAUUUAAUCAAUUUCUUAUAUAAAUAAAUGUCGUAAAACUAAUAUACUAUACUAAGCCAUACAAACCGGUUUUGAUUCAGGCGUUAUAUUUUACAAUUUAAUUUAAAUUCUUCUCUCAGUUUUUACUUAACGCUGGCAAAAAUACAAAUUAUAUUUCACAAUGAGUUUGCACAAACGGAAUCCUAGUCACAUCUCAAUUUACGACUAUCCUGAACAUUUGAACCCCUUCUACGAGGACGAUAAUCACAAGCGUCUUCGAUUCUGGAAGUUUAGCAAAAAGAAGAAUGAUAAUGGCAAACAUAGUUUGUCGAUUGGAAAUCUCCAGGAACUGUGGAAAUCGUACUCGUUUCGUAAAAAAAAGUCUUCAACAUUGGGAAUAAAUAAAACCUCAGAGAGCCCCCCGACACUUAGACGUGAUUUAAAUGACAAAAUCUUUAGAGGAGACCGCCACACAUCCCUGCAAAACAUUGAUACGCGGAGAGAGUCGGAUUCGAACGGGAUGUUUUUCCAUCGGAAUGUUGGCUACCGAAGCACCACACAGUUUUCUGGAUACUCCGUGCCACAUAAUCAGAAUAUAAGAUCCUCGCAAUCUAGUCUGAGCACAAAUCCAUUCGAAUCGGAUGCCGGCUCAUCAUGUCCCAGCUCCCCUAUGAGCACCAGGAAACAGUAUCGAAAGAAGAGGAGAGCUCCGCCGCCACCAAAGAGAUCAACGAUCCCGGACUAUCUAGCUACCAAAGACAUUGAGUCACUUGCCUCUGAAAUUGAAGAGUUUGUCAACAACAGAAACGAAUCUACAAUAAAUCCAGAAGUUGAAAAGGAAGUAGUUGUCGAGAAGCUAUCAGUGACUGUGCCCGUUUCUGAUAUCGAACCUAACCCCAGCACCUCCAAAGCACCCCAGCAAUCUAAUGACUCUGCCAUCCGCACAGGCACUGAACAAGAAAAGGUCUCCGUUGUCACGGUCACCCGCAUGUCCACGACACCACCACCGCCACCCUGUAUUGCCAGCGUGCACGUGAGGCAGUCCCUUGAGUCAGACCUUGAGAGGCAGCCACUACCACCAGUUCCAAUCCCCCCUGAGCCACAGAUGUCUGCUAACCCAUCUAACCCCAGCACGUCCACCACACUGUCCCCUCAUCCGCAGUGCAUAGCCAGUGUACAUGUUAAGCAAACCCUUGAAUCUAAAACUCCAAGCACCGAUCGAAAGCCAAAUGAUUCCAAAGAAACCAACCACAUUGAAAGGCACAGUGUCUCAAUUCUGGACUCUAAUAUCCAAAAGGAGUCUUUAGUAACUAAUGGCACUGCAAAAGAGGCUUCCAUGCCAAAUCAAACGAGAACUGUAAAUCGAACACUAACUGUAGUCGAAUCUAAAAAGCAAGUUGACUCUAACAAACCAUGCAAUGAAGUUUUUCAGCCUGAAGAACACGUUCAGAAUGGUGACGAAAGCAUUCAGGAAAGGAAAACCAACUCAUUUGGGACGGUCAAGCAGAUUUCACAGAUUUUCGAAGAGAACAUUAGCAGUAGCUCGAAUCUUAUUAAAGAAAAAGAAAAUCCCAAAGCGAGCUCACCGAAACCAGAGAACCUUGACAUUUCAAAUGCUGGUCCUCCAUCAAGCUCAUCGGCGGCCAGUGAAGUUCUGCAGAUAAGAGAAGAUUUUGAGUUGGAAAGUCCGGCUGGAGUGUCCAGUCGAUAUAUCCACAACGGCAGCAGAGAUACAGCCUUGGCGGAAUGGGAAAGGGAAGCAGCGAUGCCCACACCGCGGAUGCGGAAGAAGAAGUCCAUAAAGGAAGUCCUCGAAUCCAUUAGUCGGAAUCAGAAGAUCCUAAAUGAAAGUGCAGCCAAGGGCACAAAGGUGUACUUAACACCAUCGUACGCUGAAAAUAGGUACAACUAUCCCAAUGAGUUGAACAACGUUAAUCUGCGAUCCUCCAAGGAAGUGACAUCUGCAAACAUUUCAGUUAGCAGUGCUCCGGAGGCCAAUGAACAACAGCCAACUAGCCGCCAAAAUAAUUUGUUUAUAAGCAAAAUAAACAAAGUCAAGGGACCGUACAGAGAGUCGUCGCCCACGUCAUCAAACUUGGAUUGGAAUCCGGUUCCAAAGCCGAACCGAGCCCACCAGCAUUCACCCAAUUCUAAUUUCAACAACAAUGGUUCGUGUUAAUCCGUUGAAUAAAUGUAUAAACAAGUGAAUAUUUAAAUUAAACAAC